CUCCUCCAUGCCCCUCAUCAGCCCAGUCUUGACCUUUCAGAUUUCGAACAGUGAGGCACAAACACUUUAUUUUUGAGCCACAUCAACGCACACAGCUGGUGUCUUCAGCACCUCAGUGGACUCAUGGGUACCGUACUGUCGCUCUCUCCGGGUCCUCGAAAACCUGGUUAUUAUGAUGACCGGCCCAGUUCUCUAAGCCAUUACCCGAGCCUGAGCAGCCGCUCGCUGAACACUCAAAAAGACCCUAACCACAAACGCAGCCACUCCAUCUUCCUCCCCGCUCUCACCUGGAAACGCCUGGUGGCCUCCACCAAGAAGCGGGGCGAGUCCAAAAAAGCCUAUCCUGGAGGUCAAGGGGCUGUCGGGGCUCCUCUCAACAACAAUAACAUCUACCAGAAUGAUCCGGUCUUGCACCUCAACCGCGAAAAUGUGAAGAAGUCUCUCUCCUGCGCCAAUCUCACUAGCUACGAUGGUCCUGCGGGUCUGGGCCUGGGCGUAGGGCUGGGUGUGGGAUACGGAAAACCGCAGCAGAUUUCCUCUGUUAAGAAGAUCGCACCUAAAUGCACCUCCUCGCCCAAGCGUGUGAUCGUCCAGGCCUCGACUAGCGAGCUGCUCCGCUGCCUGGGCGAGUUUCUGUGUGGCCGCUGCUAUAGGCUCAAGCAUCUUUCCCCCACCGAUCCGGUGCUGUGGCUGCGCUCUGUGGACCGCUCGCUCUUGCUCCAGGGCUGGCAGGACCAGGCCUUUGUGACACCAGCCAACGUGGUGUUUGUGUACAUGCUGUGCCGCGAUGUGGUGGAUGGCGACGUGGUGUCUUCAGAGCAUGAGCUCCAAGCAAUUCUCCUAACCUGCCUGUACCUGUCGUAUUCCUACAUGGGGAAUGAGAUCUCGUACCCGCUCAAGCCCUUCCUGGUGGAGGCGGCUAAAGAGGCAUUCUGGGACCGUUGCCUGGCCAUUAUCGACAUCACCAGUGCCAAGAUGCUGCGCAUCAACGCAGACCCACAUUUCUUCACACAGGUCUUUGCCGAUCUGAAGAGCGAAGGAGGUUGCGCUUUGCAGGACUACGCUAGAGUUCUGGAUCGGUGAAAAGAAGGAUGAGGAGAAUCGUCUUUGCAAAUGUGACAUCUCACACCAUCAUUCCAUCAUUCUGGCCCCCCAUAUGCCUUGUUACGUAACAUUAUGAGCCUUGCUUUUGUUUC